GUCUGGCGUUAGUUAAUGUUGGUGAGAGUGAGGUGUCCGAGGUGUCGCCUGGCAGGACACAACCACAACACGUGCGGCUCUCGUCACACUUUGUUUGCUUUGGCAGCGUGCACGAAGAAAUCACCAUGGCAGAUAUAUUUAGGUCUGAGGAUGCUUGUCGUCUGUUGAAAAAGAAAUUCAUUUACUUGAUUGGAGACUCAAAUAUGCGUUCAUUUUACCUAGACCUGCUGUACCUAUUAAAGGAAGGUGGUAUUACACCAGCACAUGUGUUCCGCAAGGGCGGUCCAGGAAAAUCAUCAUAUUGUGGUGACAAAUUAGUGGAUGUGUCUACGAGUGCCGCACAUGGACGAAAUUUUUUUGAAAUACGCCAAUAUCAGGAUGACAAUGUGAUCAUUCGCUACUGCUACAUAACUCGAGUGUACUCAAACCUGGUCAAGCGAGAGUUGAAAGACAUUGAAAAGGGUGUGCUUUCCGUGCCAGAUGUGGUGAUAGUCAACUCCUGUCUCUGGGAUAUAACAAGAUGGGGAGCAAUGAGGGAAGACAAAUACAAGCAAGAAAUGGUAGAUUUGGUUCACCAUCUGCAGUGUCUGUUGCCUGAUGACACUCUAAUUAUAUGGACCACAACGUUACCUGUCUCAACCGAAAAAGUUAAAGGAGGAGUCUUCAUAAAACAGCUGGAGUUCAUGACACAUAGCAUGCGGUUCAUGAUUAUGGAAGCCAAUAAGUUUGCCCAGCAGCUAUGCAUGGCAUUUGAUAUAGACCUACUUGACCUGCACUACCACAUGUGCUUUCAGCUCCACAGGCGAACAAAUGAUGGUCUACACUGGGAACCUCCAGCAUUAAGGCACAUUACCAAUUUAAUGCUCACACACAUAGCCCUCUGCUGGGAGAAACCCUUGCCGGGUAACUUCGUUGGUAGCUACGUACGAAGUGCUAUAUCUCGUAUCACAGAAGGAACCCUCGAAGAUAAGGAAAAGGUUCAGCUAGACCAGGAGAUCUUGCAGUACAUUCAGAAGAAAUCACAAGAAAAAACGUUGAAUAAAAUAACUAGAGUUUCACCUGGGAAUGGAGUAAAUGAUCACGUCAAAGGGAAACCAAACGAUGAGGCAAAUACCAGAGCGGAAACUCGAAAACAUCGAUCGGCAGCUCGUAAGAAGAGACCAUUCAAGAGCUGUAAUAGAAAUGAAAGUGACAAGAGAGCAAGGACAUCUGUCAGUGUUGCUCCAAGUUUAUUGCCUCCACUCAUGGAAGUAUCAGGGUUUCAUGGACAAAAAGAAAAUUCAGUAAUAGGACUGAGAGAGACCACUGAAAAUAGAAGAGAAUUCAGUAGUGUGUUUGGCCAUGCCGGUGCUCAGUCUGGCCGUGAGGAGGCUCAAUAUGUUCGUGCUAGGGCUCAGUCUGGCUAUAACAUGGGUCAGCUUGGGUAUAACAUGGGUCAGCCUGGCUAUAACAUGGGUCAGCUUGGGUAUAACAUGGGUCAGCCUGGCUAUAACAUGGCUCAGCCUGGCUAUAACAUGGCUCAGUCUGACUAUAACAUGCCUCAUUUUGGCUAUGCUAGGACUCAGAAUGACUAUAAUAUGGCUCACUCUUCCCCUCAGAAUGACUAUAAUAUGGCUCACUCGUCCCCUCAGAAUGACUAUAAUAUGGCUCACUCUUCCCAUAACGGUUCUCCAUCUUAUCACGAUGAGGUUCAAUCUGCCCGGGAUUUAGCUCAGCAUUACGCUAACCGGAUUAGGGAUGCCUUAGAGUCAGAGAACAGCGUGGAUCAUUGCAGAGGUGGCAGCAGGCCAGCUACGCAUUACAAUAUUCAGAGAGAGAACUGUGGGAAUGUGUACCAACAGAACCAGGAGCAUCCUAGCUUGAUGGGAGAAUACCAUUCUCGCCAAAACAGGUUCCAGACCAACAAUUCAGUGCAUGAUAAUACCCAUAAUCAGUUUCAAGGUAUGCACCAUCAAGCAGGUGUCGGGGAAUGGUCAUAUCAGCAACAGCAUAUUCAACCUCCGCAAGAGUUUUGGUCUAACUAUCCAACCUCAAAUUUUCCUUGGAAUUGGAGAAGAUAAAAUAAAAACAAUUCUUUUUGCUUUUUAGGUACCAAUUAAGACAAUUUAUAAAUCUUUUUUCCCCUUUUGUAAUUUUUUAAAUGAUGUAAAUUAGGUUCAUUUAUUAUGAACUGGAGUUGCUGAUUUUAGUAUUUUUCUUGUGACAUUUAUUUGUUACUGUACUUGAAUUGCUUUUCUUGUACAUAACUAUUGAUGAUGCAGAACUUGAGAUAUUUUGUUGUUUGCUAGUUUGAACUGAUUCUGCAGCACUUUGCUUGUGUGCAUGAUUUAAUAUUCACCAGUUGGUGCAUCACACCGAGGCCACUUGUCAGUGUGUUGACAGGUAGCCGACGCAUUAUGUUAAACUCUAGUUAGUUGUAAUUGAAUCUUUUAUAGAGUCCUAUGUUAGGACAUUUACAUAUUUUCUAGAGGGACUUCUAUGGUUAAAUGAACAAAUCCACAAGGGCUGUGACGAGGAUCCUCGUCACGACCCUUGUGGAUUUGUUCAUUUGAUGUAUCACGUUAGUGUGAUUUCUGUGUGUAACUUCUAUGGUUGCUUCUUGUUGCCAGCCACCUGGAUAACUCCAGCCAAUUCAAGUCACACCAGGCCUUUAAGUCAUUAUGAGCCUACUGGGGGGCAGAGGUCCUCUCAGAGGUCAAACUUGGCCAGCUCCCCCCUCAAAGGCAAAGUUUUGGUCAGCUCCCCUGUAGAGGCAGAGACUUAGUCAACUCCACUUCAGAGGCAGAGACUUAGUCAACUCCACUUCAGAGGCAGAGACUUGGCCAGCUCCUCAGAGGCAAAGAUUUGGCCAGCUCCUCCUCAGAGGCAGAGACUUGGCCAGCUCCUCCUCAGAGGCAAAGACUUGGCCAGCUCCUCCUCAGAGGCAAAGACUUGGCCAGCUCCCCCUCCGAGGCAAAGACUUGGCCAGCUCCCCCUCCGAGGCAAAGACUUGGCCAGCUCCCCCUCCGAGGCAAAGACUUGGCCAGCUCCCCCUCCGAGGCAAAGACUUGGCCAGCUCCCCCUCCGAGGCAAAGACUUAGCCAGCUCCCCCUCAGAGGCAAAGACUUGGCCAGCUCCCCCUCAGAGGCAAAGACUUGGCCAGCUCCUCCUCAGAGGCAAAGACUUGGCCAGCUCCCCCUCAGAGGCAAAGACUUGGCCAGCUCCCCCUCAGAGGCAAAGACUUGGCCAGCUCCCCCCUCAGAGGCAAGGACUUGGCCAGCUCCCUCCUAGAAGUCAAAACCUGGGGACCCUUAUUUCCACCAGUCUUUUCUCUACAAUAAAGAAAAAAGGAAACAAAACAUCACUCGUGCUGGUACUUCAUAGAUGGCAGUAACCUGCUUGAUGGGUUUCUGGGAGUUCUACUCCCCCAAGCCCGGCCCGAGGCCAGGCUUGACUUGUGAGAGUUUGGUCCACCAGGCUGUUGCUUGGAGUGGACCCCGUACCUAAAGAGUCACUUGGAUAAGUCUCACACCUUAAGGAAAAUCCACAUUCGCAGAUACCUGUUGUCUUGUAUCACGUCCACAGCUGAAUAUGUGAGAAGACCUCUCUCGGCUGUAAAUUUGGGCCUUAUUGCAAAUACUUAGUUUAAUUUUUCCCCACAAUUGUUGUCUGAAUCUACUUGAGAACUAGCCAAGGGAUUUUUAUUUCUCUCUCAUAAUACAUAACCUUCCCGGUUUGGUGCCUUCUUUUGAUAAUUACUUACUUCUCCCUCAUAAGAUUUCUAGACCCACAGAGGCCAGAAGGAAACUCCUUAUUCAUAAUAGAAUAUUUAAUGAAGCAAAAAAGAUAAUCAUGACAGAUAAUGGUAUCCCCUUAGAUUAACCCUAUAACUCCUCAAUACAUCUUCCUCUAGCUUUCCCAUGCUCACCACUUAUUGCAAAACUAAUGUGUAAUGUGCUAUAUCAUGUGUGAAUAUUACCUUUGUAGUUAGUAUAAACCUUCACGUGGAUCCUUGCACGGUCCUUACAACACCCUCACUCUCGCUCAUGUCGUGCCUUGACCUUUACCCCUCCUGUGGUUCCUGUUCUUCACCACCUGCCUUUUUCUGUACAGUAGUCUCUCUUAUUAAAUGCUCUUUCAGUUCGUGUUACCAAUAUUUCUCCUCGUGUCGUUCCGCCUUUGCCCCCGUGUAGGGUCCCCCUUCCUAAAUUUUGUAAAACCUUGACCCACGUGACAAGCGUUUAUCCCUCCUGCAGUUCUGAAACGCCUUUUCCUUGAACACUUUUCUUCACACUCCUGCUCCAUUUCUGUCUUCUCCGGUGGGUCCAAAGACUGAUGGGUCCAAGUCUGCUGAUGGUGUAGGCUACUGUUGUUUUUCCUGACCACACCUGUGUGUGUCGCCUGCCUCCAGAGACUAGCAUCUUCACGGCAGAACUUUAUGCUAUUCUCUAUACUCUUCGUCAACUGCUCUCUCACUGUCAA